CAGUUCAGUUCAGUUCAGUUUCGGUUACGUUACGGUGUCUCGGCUUCCGUCCCGAUUUCGGUUGAGUUUCGGGCACCGCCUGGCGCCGAGCACCGAGCACCGAGCACCGAGCGCCAAGCGCAUGCAUCAAGUGUAACAUUUGUUCAGUUUCAGUUUUUCCCGGGAACUCGACGCAGCGUGUUGUCUUGGCACCGCUAAGCCAGCGCCAGAGCCAGAGCAACAGCCACAGUCAGAGCCAAAACCAAGAACCAGAGCCACAGAAGCAGAGCAUCCAUACAGACGGAGCCACAGUGAGAGCCGAAGCCGGAUCCGGAGCCAGAGCCGAGCUCAGCAUCUUCUGGUUCUAAGAAACAUAAUUUUUUGGUUUUUUUUUUUUUUGGAGAUCAAUUGAAAGAUUGUUUUUUGUGUUUUUGUGAGUGCAACUAAUUAAGAGUAUUGUUUUAUGAACAUUAACUGAAAACCAAGGAAAGCAAACAAACGGAAAAGCAAUCCGUUGCCGAAAAGAAAAUUUCACAGGAAACCCACACCCCCAAAAGCAGGUAAACACGAAAAUUGGCGAGGAAAAUUAUCAUCGAGUCACGUAAUUAAAACGAAACGUAAGACGAGCAGAAAGAAGAAGCAGCAGGCGAGUAGCAACAGGCAAAUAUUUGCAUACCACUGGAAGAGCGAGAAAAAGAGAGAGAGAAGGAGAGAGUGUGCGAAGGAAAACGCUAACGGGGCUAAUAAUAAACUAAGGCCCAACUACCGCGUUAGCGUGGCCAUAACCAUUGCCCGUUACGACUACAAAUACAUUUACACUUACUGCUGAUAAUAAAACGUCGCGUCGUGUCGCACCGCAUCGCAAGCAGCACCAAGCAGAGGAAAGCAGGCUGCGAAGCAGAGUAAUAGCAGAGGCAAGCAGGCUGCGAAGCAGAGUGAUAGCAGAGCCAAGCAGGGCAAAGCAUAGCCAAGCAGUGGGCAGAGGAACGACAGCGGCAGCGGCAACAAAGUUCCUGCUGUUUAUGCAAACGCCGACAGCCAGCAUAAAGGCACACUAAACAGAAAGAGAGCCGAGUGUGAGAGAGACGUCGACGUCGACGUCGUCGUUGAGACGUUGAUUUACGGCCUGCCUGGGGAACCAGCAGCAGAGCAGCAGAGCAACAGAGACGGACGCCGCAACAGUCAAAGCGACAGCCAGAGCCACAGCGACAGCGGCAGAGACAGAGACAGCAGCAGGAUGCGUGGCCGUCACUUGCGUCGACGCUUCAGCCUGCAGCCGUCCUUCAUGAAGGAUGACAACAACGAGGAUAAGCCGAAGCGUGACAAAGUGGGCAGGACCAAUGUGGUGGACGAUGCCAUCGGACCGGCCAAUGCCCGCCACAAGAUCGUCGUCAUGGGCUCCGCCAAGGUGGGCAAAACGUCGAUAAUCACACAGUUUCUAUACAACACAUUCAGCCCAAAGUACAAGCGGACCAUCGAGGAGAUGCACCAGGGCAACUUCUCCAUCGCCGGCGUCAGCCUCACCCUGGACAUCCUCGACACGGCCGGCUCCUACGAGUUCCCGGCGAUGCGCGCUCUAUCGAUAUCCUCGGCGGACGCCUUCAUCCUGGUGUACGACGUCACCGACAGCAGCACCUUCGAGGAGGUCCGCGCCAUACGCGACCAGAUCCACGAGACGAAGGCCACCACAGCGGUGCCCAUUGUGGUUGUGGGCAACAAAAUUGAUUUGCUUGCCGACGGCCAGACAGAGCGUGAGGUGGAGUACGCCACCACAGAGUCGGUGGUGACAGUCGAUUGGGAGAACGGAUUCGUCGAGGCCUCGGCCGCCAGCAACGAAAACGUCACGCAGGUUUUCAAGGAGCUGCUGACCCAGGCCAAGAUCACCUACAACCUGAGUCCGGCUCUACGGCGUCGCCGCCAGUCGCUGCCCCAGCAGAUCGGUAACAACGGGCCGGGCACCCCGCUCCACCAUCAUGGCCAUGGCCAUCAUGGCCACCACCAUCACGGCGGGGCCGCUGGGGGAUCAGCCUCCGGAUCGGCCUCCACAUCGGCGGCAGCGGCGGCCGGAGCUGCCGGUGGCGGCCAUGGCUCGCAUGCUCCGACGCCGGCACAGCUGCAACACCUGCAGCGCAUCCAAGAGCGGAGCAUGGGCGCCAAGCGCAACUCGUGCACCAUCUCCUAAGAAUUUACGAGUACGGGUAGUUUCGAACGAAGGCGAAGUCCAACAAAGAAUACAAUUAUAUACCAACUGAAGCUAAACUAAACGGUCUCCUACAAACGGUUUUCAAUAUUUCUCCAAUAAUACACUCAGAAUCAGACUCAGAAUCAGAAUCAGACUCAGAUGAUGAUUGAUCUUAACAAUACAAUACAAAUACAAAUACAAAUACAAAUACAAUACAAUACAAUACGAGGGUAAAUGAAGACUCUCGCCUCAAACGUACCUUGCUAUCUAUGUAUCUAUGUAUCUCUCUUGCUCUCUUCCGCUAUUAUCGCUCCAAUUACCAAUUACGUAGUACCUAUCCCAGUACCAGCCAUGGUUUUUUAUUGGCAUCUCUUCUGCCUCUGGUUUCCCACUCUCAGCGCGAAAUAUAGUACUUACAUACAUAUACAUAUACUCGUAAUCAAAUCAAAUGAAUGUUGUAGACCAAAGGUAAAUCUCUAGACCCCAAUAUUAGACCAUGAAAUUUACUCAUUCACAAGCAAGACUAACCAUAAAAACAACCCGACGUAAAUGUCCCCGGACCGAGAGCCCUUAAACCGUGAACGAACUCCCGUAACGUAACGGAGAUGGUUGAGGGCGAUCGAAGGCAAAAGCAAACUUAUCGUCUUUUAUAUGUGUCUCUGUGUACCUUUUAGCCGUGUUUGUGUGUCUAGUUGCAGCUUCCUUUUUCCACAUGAUGCAGGAACAUAUAGCGUUAUACAACAUAUAUACAUAUAUAUAUACAUAUAUACCCCCGUAUACCGUAUACGGUACAUACAUAUAAACGUACUUACAAUACAAUAUAUAGUAUCUGUGUGUAUAGAUUAGUGCUCGAACCCCAUUCCAUGUACCUAACACAGCGCAAGCGUAUUUUUGUAGACAAUAGGUCGAUAGAUCUGGGUUUCUCUUAUCGGCGCCAGUGUUGAGCAGCGUAAAGCAGUGUUGGAAAUGAACGCAAUGAAAGACGAGAGAAACUUCAACAGAAACAGUACCAGAAAACGGAACCGAAAGCAAAUGCAUAGUUAAGAAGUCUUUUCGUUUCUUUGAAAGGGUAAUAUACCAAAAAAAUACAAAAAAAAAUACCCAACACACACUCUUAUCGAUAGGAUUAUGUGCGUGUAAGUAGUGAUUUUUUGUUGUUUACCGUUAGCUAGUAGCUAGUAGUGUUGGCUAAUUGUGCGAGCCUGGCGAGCGCAUAGGGCCACGAGGUCGAGAGAGAGUCGAGAGUUCGAGGAUUAAGAAAAAACAAAGGUUAAGAUUGAAAACGCAAUGAAAACACCAAAGACACCAAAAGCAAAUACAACUGAAUAAUGAAUAAUGAAUAGAGAUCUAUAUAUAUUAAUAUACCUAUGUAUAUGGAGAUGUUAAAGGAUGAUAGUAUUUAGGAGAGCAUGUUAAGGAUGGUUCAGAACGGACGAGCGGACGAACGGGCCAAAGUGAAACGAAGCUAUAAAUUCUAUAUGUAUACAAAAGUACAUGUUACAUUUUUACAUACAUACAUACAUCAGAAUACCAACACCAUUACAUUGCACAUAGAUAUACCCAUACCAUAAUUCUAGCGAGAUUCGACACAAACAUUGGCAAAAUACCACAAAUACAGAGAGUUAUAUUUACAUUGCAAGGGAAUACUACAAUAUAAUAAUAAUACAACCAAACCCCGACAAAAAAUCAAAAAACCAAACAAAAAACCAAAUCUUUAACGACAUAACAUACUAAAGUAAAACUUAAACUUAAACUUAUAUUGAUAUCGAUAUCGAUGUGUUGCUUAACGAAAUGCAAACCUUAAAGAAUUUAUGUAAUUGUUUAACUCUAACAAAUCGUACAAUAUCAAGUAGAAAGCAUGCAUUCGUAUAUCAGAAUAUACUAUAUACAUAGUACAUACAUACACAUAUACAUAUAUAUCUGUGCAUGGGGGGUGAGAGGAUGUUUCAGAAGUCCAUGGCAUGCCGAAGCUUCCGAUACACUUGCAAAGUCCAGCAGAAAUAUUCCGCUAAAUGAUCUCAAAUUUAAUUUUUUCUCGUAUGGGAAAGGGGACGGAAGCGGGAACGUCCACGAAAUGCAUACGUUUCCGGUUGAAAUUCUGAUACUUGGUUUCCAUCAUAGUAAUGUUUAUUUUCGGAAACAUGCAGCUAAAAAGUAACCUAUUUUACUAUUUACAAAGCUUAGAAUAGGCACUUACCAUAUAAUUUAAUGAAACUCGAUCCGAACUGUUUCCAUCUCUCUGCAAUUCAAGGACUCCACUUGAGGUCUCCAGCUUCUUUGCAAGUGUAUAGGCCAUCAAAUUCGAAUGUCAAAAGCGGAAUCCGAAACAGGCUUUUGUGAAUGAUCUAUCAUUAUGGUAUCGUGUAUGUAAAUUAGCUCGCAUUACGAUUGAUUUAGUGGGGGGGGAGGCGCACUGCGGAUGAAUAUCCUUCAAAGCUGGAAGUCGAAUUGGAAUUGAAAUCUCUCUUACCAGGCGACAGGAGACGCAGUGCGUGCGGGCGUUUAAACUAAGUGAAAGCAAAGCCACGUAGAAUUGACUAAGAUGUUAGCCAGCCCUAGAGGAACCGGCGGUACAAGAGAGUAAAGGAGAACUUCUGGAGAACGACUUGUUGCCGGAAAGGAGCUUAAGGUUGUGUCUGGUUCUACUACUUGGAAGAGUACCUUUUUCCCCCAGACCUAGGCUUGGUCCUGGUCCAUAAUUUUCCUCUUUCUCCAUUUCGGGGAACUCUAUAUCAAAUAUAUAUUAGAUAUAUAAGCAUAAGUACAUACAUACAUACACAAAUACUCGUAUGGAUGACGAUGGCUCAGAACUUUCGCCUUGACUUGUGCAUGUGUGCAAUUGGAUUUCUUUGGUUCCUAGACGCGUUCCGAUUUGGCCAGAACCUGCAGCUGGAUGUCUUAUAUCUAAAUAUAUAUUAUACAAAUACAUAUACAUAUGCAUAUGCCGUAUACAUACAUUAACACAUAUGUAUAACACAUACAUACAUAUAUGUACAAUAUGAGUAAUUAUAAAUGUAAUUAAUAAACGGAGAGACGAACCGGAAAUAAACGCAACGGGAGAUGA